UUGGCGAACUGGUCCGGAGGAAUCCUCGAGCCACGUCUGGAAGAGGAGGCAGCCGCGGCGUCCGUCCCCGCUCACCGGUAGGCAACACCUGGCCCUUGGUGGGGAGAUCUUGGACUGUUCAAUGGAGCCGCGAGAAGCCGAUGAGAGCAACGCCCUUCAGGACCGGGCAGCUCCAGGUCAGCCAUGUCCUUUUCCCAUGGUGGUCUAUGAGCCCAUGCCACUGCACGCCCAGGGCCCCCACUUCCUGAAGGGGGUGCCCAUCGUGGCACGAGUGGAAAGCACGGAGAGGUACACCAGCGGCUCCAAGGUGCGGCCCAGCACAGUGUACAUCUUGCAGCUUAGCCAUGGCCAAUUCACCUGGAGCAUGAAGAAACUCUUCCGCAACUUCCAGGAGCUGCACAGGGACCUGAUGAAGCAUCGCCUGCUCCUGAGCCUGCUCCCACUGCCCCGGUUUGUCCUGCACGGCUCGUGGCCAGGACGAAGCUCCCUGGAAUUGCCCCCCCUGCCCCACGGGGGCGGCGAGGUUUCCCGGCGUCCAUCCAGCAAGCAGAAACAGCUUGAAAGCUACCUGAACACCUUGCUGGAGAUGAGCGUUUACCGGGACUACCAUGCGAUGGCAGAGUUCCUGGACGUGAGCCGGUUCUCCUUCCUUCCAGACCUCGGGCCCAAAGGCCUAGAAGGCAUGAUCCUGAAGCGGUCGGGGGGCCACCGCGUCCAGGGGCUAAACUGCGCUGGGCAUCACCAGGUCUGCUACCGCUGGUCCAAGAGGUGGCUGGUGGUGAAGGAUGACUUCCUGCUCUACCUGAAGCCGGAGUCAGGCGUGAUCUCCUGCGUGCUGCUCUUCGACCCGGCCUUCAGCGUCCAAGUGGGCAAGAAACCCACGGAGACGAAGUAUGGGGUCCGUGUGGACAACAGCUGCAGGUCCCUCGUCCUGAAGUGCAGCAGCUACCGGCAGGCCCGUUGGUGGGGGCAGCAGAUUGCCGAACUGGCAGAGAGCAAAGGCAACGAGUGCCUGCGGCAGCACCCCCUUGCGUACCCCGGCAGCCAGCGGAGCCCCAACCCUGCUGCGGGCAGACGGGGCGGGGGCACUCCUGGAACAGCUCUCCCCACUCAGGCCGGGCUCCAGGGCCCAGAAAGAGCCGCCAGGGCAGGGAGUGGUUUGCACCCCAGGGGGGAGUCCCCUGCAGCCAGUCCUGCUGGAGGGGACCGGAGUGGGGGGAGCAGGUCCCCUCUGAACACCGGAAGCCACAGGAGGGGCACGAGCCAAGCCCGCCUUUCCCGGGCCAGUCCGUCAAAGAGGAAAGCUAACUUUCUGAAUGCAAGGAUCCCUCCCUCCGGCUCUUCCAGGCUCAGCCCGGAGAUCUAUAUGAAGCGCCCAGCUCAGUCGGACGAGUGGAGGCUGGACCUCAUCCUGAAGCAUAAAGCGGAGCAGGGGGUGCGCGUCUGCGUGCUCCUGUUCAAGGAGGUGGAGCUGGCCCUGGGCAUCAACAGCGGCUACAGCAAGAGGGCCCUGAUGCUGCUGCACCCCAACAUCAAGGUAAUGCGCCAUCCGGACCACGUCUCCUCCAUCAUCUUCCUGUGGGCUCACCACGAGAAGCUGGUUGUGGUGGACCAGUCUGUGGCUUUCCUGGGAGGGCUGGAUCUGGCCUACGGGCGUUGGGAUACCCCAGAGUACCGCCUCACGGACCUGGAUGGUGAGAACUGCCACGGCCCCAAGGGCGGGGGCGCCCCCACAGGGCCGGGCGAGGAGGCCCCCGUGGACUUGGCCACAAACCAGCUGCUCUGGCUGGGCAAGGACUACAGCAACCUCAUCGCCAAGGACUGGGUGCGGCUGGACAAGCCCUUUGAAGAUUUCAUUGACAGGUUCCAGACCCCUCGGAUGCCGUGGCGGGACGUGGGGGUGGCUGUUCACGGUGUGGCCGCGCGGGACGUGGCCCGGCAUUUCGUCCAGCGCUGGAACUUCACCAAGACAAUCAAGGCCAAGUACAAAGGCUCUGAAUACCCCUACCUGCUGCCCAAGUCCCCCCACGUACCCCCGAGGCUCCCAUUUCUCAUGCCCGGUGCCCAGGUUGCCAACGUCCAGGUGCUGCGCUCGGUGGACCGUUGGUCAGCCGGCCUCCAUGAAUGUUCGAUCUACAACGCCUACCUGAGCGUCAUCAGGACUAGCCAGCAUUACCUGUACAUCGAGAACCAGUUCUUCAUCAGCUGCACAGAUGGACGCUCGGUUCUCAACACAGUAGGAGACGCGGUCCUGCAACGGAUCUUGCUAGCCCACAGCGAGAAGAAGCCGUUCCGGGUGUACGUGCUGCUCCCCCUCCUGCCUGGAUUUGAGGGAGACAUCGCGCAGGGAGGCAGCAACUCCAUCCAAGCCAUUCUUCACUUCACCUACCGGACUCUCUGUCGUGGGGAGUCAUCUAUUGUUAGCCGCCUUCGGGCAGUCAUGGGGGAGGGCUGGAGGAACUACAUCUCUUUCUGCGGGCUACGGACACACGGGGAGCUGCGGGGCACGCUUCUCACAGAGCUGGUCUACAUCCACAGCAAGAUCCUCAUUGCGGAUGACCGGCACGUCGUCAUCGGUUCUGCCAAUAUCAACGACCGGAGUCUGCUGGGAAAGCGGGACAGCGAGCUGGCAGUCCUGGUGGAGGACACGGAGCUGGUGCCAUCCAUCAUGGGUGGGCAGGAGUACCCAGCAGGGAAGUUCGCGCUGAGUCUGCGCCUCGAAUGCUUCAGGUGCCUCUUGGGUGUAACUCUGGAGAAUGAUGCCAGCAUUCAAGACCCCAUCAGUGACCACUUCUUCCAUGAUGUCUGGUGUGCCCGAGCCUUAUCCAAUACCAACAUAUAUGAGGAGGUACAUGCCUAGGAUUUGGGGGUGGGGGUCUCACAG